AUGCCCGCAACAACGGGCACCAACUGGGGUGUUGAACCAAUUCAUUCUUUGGAUUAUCGGUGGCAUUUGUCUACUGCUAUUGAUAAAUUUCUUCGACCUCACUGUCCGCCUCCUUGCAAUCCAGAUGUCGGUAUUUGGGAACUUAACAAACAAGACGGUAAUGCUAUUUUUAUCGUAUGGGCACAACUAUCGUUACUGAUGGAAAAUGCCAAAUUGGAUCCCCAAAAUCCGGAAGGAAUCUCGUUCGCACCAGAUUCAUCUACAAAUGUGCAAUCGGUCUGUCCAUGGGAAAGACUGAAUCGACUACAAAACUUGCUUACAUUCGCCCCUUCGGUGGUAUCCAUGGAAAAGAACAUGGGUCUUGUGACUGGGUAUACAAUCAACGGACAGAUAUUUUUGGCUCCAUGGGCUGCACCGUCUGCCUCAUUUCGGAAUCAUUUGGCCACGGCAGGGCUGGGUACAGUUGAGGCGGCCGUUGUGGACCGAAUGGGAGUGUGUGCUCGAGGAUUAGAGAACAAAUCUGAAGUCAGUAUGACAAUGGAAAAACCGAGACAAUGGAUGAACGUUUCCGGUUCUCCUAUGCCUACGUUUACAAUAUAUACAGGUGAAGGUUUCCGAUACAAAAUUCCAUCCGCAGAGUUGCUGAAACGGAAUACCAAAGAAGAGCUGCACCUAUAUGAUAUAACUGGACAACGUAUUGGUACAUCCAGCUGGAUCGGUCUGGAAGACGAUAAAGUAACCAUAUACGGAAUAUUGAUGGGGAACGCGGUUCAACCGAUAACGUAUCGUUUCAGGGUUGCCACUGACGCCCAGUCGCCGGACGGUGUGACUUUUUCUGUUCACGUGGCCGGCUCAAAUCCACUACUGCCACCUAUAUACAACCAUCGUGUGAUUAUGCGUUUCGGUAUGGAAAAUGGACAACGGUGGACUGGUGGACACAGUUUGGCCGAUCGAUGGAGACUGGUCUCCGCUUUGGAUGCGUUCCUUCGACCCCAAUGUGCCACAGAUUCUACUUGUAAGGAGAACAUGGACGUGUUGUUGCUGACGUUCAACUAUCAAGCUAAUGGAUUUACGGUGAUUUGGUCCGAAAAGUCGCUGUUGAUGAAAAAGUCCAAUGAGCCCAGCACGAAUCCGGCUGCUCAGUUUGACCCAAUCAGAGAGAACUGGACGAAGCGAAGCAAAAGACAGUCGAUUCCGUACGCUGCUCAGCACCACGAACGUUCGAGACUCAAGUUGAACUUGGGAUCUGCAAAUGUAUCAAGUUAUCGUUAUCCGGAGCACUUUCAACGAAUAGCACGUUCGGGCGGUUCAACGUUGAGCGAAAUGGCGAUUGCAUGUCCCGAGAAGGAUAUUAUUUAUCUGGAACGAAGAUUGCUGGGCGACACCGGUUUUGGGUUGCUACCUUUACCCGAACUGGCGCAUCACCUGAAAGCGUCCGGCGUUGGAUUUUUGAAGGAAGUACAAGUAGAACGUCUGGGACCUUGUGCCAAAUCCAUUGGAGUACCUGUGAAAGUUCAUUCAGUGAGCGACCGUGGUGGGCCGAAUGGAGAAAUUUACCCCACAGGAGUCUCUUCUUAUGGUCCAGUACAAAGCAAAGAUAGGCAACGAUUAAUACUGUUGGGUACGAUUCUUCCUGUUUGUGUUUGUGUUAUAUGUAUCCUACUCGGAAUAUUGGGCUUUGUCUGGUAUCGAAAACGCGGAAAACAAGGCGAUUCACGUUUGGAUUUAAACUCGAAGUUGGUUUCGCAAUCGCACAAUAUGAACAAUCCCGAAACGGAGCAAAUGCUCAAACAAGAGACAGAACCGUUUCGACAAACCGAUAUGGCACUGAACAAUCGCGACCAAAGUGGAACAUUACCGACACGAACGCAAACGAAUGGUAGUGGACCAAGAGCAUUGAACUACCCCGAGGUGGUUGAGUCCAACUGCACGCCACCCACGAAGCCCUUGAUUCUCCCGAACGAGCGCCCACCCCUCAAACCUCCUGAGUAUAAUUUGGCAUACACAGAUUCUCCCGCCACAAGUCCACCACAAUUCCAUAAUGGAACUCCACAGAUGGCGGCUUCUGCAUUUCCAACCUUGCUUAACUCAAAUGUCGUGGCUGGACCCGGUCCACGUCUUGCGUCCAAACCCUACUACGGUACCCGCCCGAAUCCGUAUCGUAAUUUGCCUCCACCAAUCGAGACCAAACCCGGAAUGCCUUUACUCGCUGCUCAAAUGCCCUAUGCACCGUACAAACGAGUAACCGGUAUGCGGCCAGAUAUGUCCCACACGUUGCCCCGAUGA